GCACCUGGACACUAAGAAACAGAGUUUCUUGCAUGGCCACACCGAUAACGUGUCCUGCGUUGUCGUGUCCAGGGAUGGGAUGUACGUCGCUUCAGGACAAGUCACCUGCAUUGGAUUCAAGGCAGACGUCAUCCUCUGGGAUUUCCCAAAGCAGGAGUUACUUGCUCGGCUCUCGCUGCACGAGGGCAAAGUCGAGGGACUCUCGUUCUCGCCCAGAGGCAUUUAUCUUGUGUCCCUGGGAGGCCAGGACGACGGCAGGGUGAUGGUGUGGGACGUCAGUAAGAGAGAGGCUGUGUGCGGGAGCCCGGCCUCGCCGCGCAGCGCCGGCAAUGCCAACGUCGUCAUGUGCUCCAGCUGCAGGGACGAGGUGUUUGUCACUGCUGGAAAUUUCACCAUUCGAGUGUGGGAACUCGAUACAGCAACUAAAACAAUCCAUCCAUCUGAAUGCUACGCGGGGCAACUGAGAGGAAUCACCGUGUGUGUUCAGAUGACAGACGAUGAUGGUGAUUUUCAUCUUGGCACGACGAGUGGAGAUGUCCUGAAAGUGAACACAAGCAGCAAGGUGGUGACUGCCUGUGGGCCCCAGAAGAAGAAGUUGAGCAUGGGAGUCACAGCUUUGCUUUUGCCGAAGACAGGAGGUUUAAUAGUCGGCACCGGAGAAGGGACUGUAGCUCUCUGUACAGGCUCAGACUGCCAAGUAAAGAAGAGAAUGCGAGUUGAAGGUGCUGUCGCUUCCCUGACGUGUAGAGGUCGGGACGACCAGUUCUUUCUAGGGACAAAUAAAGGCCAGAUGCACCGCAGUGCCUACGCUACAUUUAAAGAGGAGCUGGUCGCCGUCUGUCACACCGAAGCCGUCAACGACAUUGUUUUUCCUGAGGGACAUUCGGACUUGUUCGUUACCUGCUCCACAAAUGACAUUCGAGUGCGGUACACGCCGGAACGUCUGGAGCGGCUGCGAAUCACCGUCCCCAACGUCACCCGCCACGCGGUCGAGGUGACGAGGGACGGCAUGGUCAUCGUUUCAGCUUGGAAUGACGGGAAAAUCCGCGCCUUUGUGCCCGCUACGGGAGAGCCAAUGUACGAGAUCAACAACGCCCAUAACCUGGGAGUGACGGCAAUUGCUGCGACCAGCGACUGCAAACAGAUCAUUAGCGGAGGAGGUGACGGGCAGGUGAGGAUCUGGAAUAUUGGUGAGAAAACCCAGAAGCUGAGGGAAGUUCUGAAGGAGCACAGAGGUGCCGUGUCCUGCAUCAAGACUAAUAAGAACGACAAAGAGGGUGUCACAGCCAGCCUGGACGGAACGUGCGUCAUCUGGGAUCUUGAGCGUUACGUGAGAAAAGAAAUGAUCCUAGACAACACAUUGUUCAAAUGCGUGUGUUACCAUCGCAGAGAGUACCAGAUCAUCACCAGUGGAACAGACAGAAAGAUUGUGUACUGGGAAGUGCUCGAUGGCUCCGCAAUCAGAGAAGUGCAAGGCUCUCUGUCGAGCUCCAUCAACGGGAUGGACAUCACAUCGGACGGGGCGUCCUUUGUCACAGGUGGUGACGACCAUCUGGUGAAGCUGUGGGACUAUAAGGAGGGCACGGUGACUCACGUGGGAGUGGGCCACAGCGGCAACAUCACCCGCCUCAAGAUCUGCCCCGCGAACAAGUACAUGGUGAGCGUGAGCGCGGACGGUGCCGUCCUCAUCUGGAAACAGCCCAGCUCGGGCUGACAGCCGGUGCCGGAGCUGCUGGGCUGCUGCUUCCCCGGCCGGCCCUGGAAAUGCUCUUUUCUUACCACUCAGUUUGUUGUCAAUCGGUUGUUCUCUUAGAGUAAACAGUAUAUUUCUGCUCCCUGGUAUGCAUUUACCAGGUCCUUAGAUACCCUUUCUAGCUCAAUUUUUUUCAGUGGAGCUAAGAAUUUGCUGCUUGUUUUGGAUUCAUCACUUCCGAAAAUCACCUUGGCAGUUGUUGUAACAGUUUGCGUUGUUACUGCCGCCUUUCCUGCCCGUCUCAGCAUCAUCUGCCUUGUACGUCUACUCAUUUGUGGGCUCUCUCUUGCUUUCACAUGGUCUCUCUCUUCU